UUUACCGCCAUGUCCUCUGAAGAAGGGAAGCUCUUCGUGGGAGGGCUCAGCUUCAACACUGAUGAGCAAGCUCCGGAAGACCACUUCAGCAGCUUUGGACCUAUUUCUGAGGUGGUUGUUGUCAAGGACCGGGAGACUCAGCGAUCCCGGGGUUUUGGCUUCAUCACCUUCACCAACCCAGAACAUGCCUCAGAUGCCAUGAGAGCCGUGAAUGGAGAGUCUCUGGACGGUCGUCAGAUCCGUGUAGACCGUGCGGGCAAGUCGGCCUGGGGAACAAUAGGGGGUGCCUUUGGGGCCUAUGGACGUGGUCACAGCUACUCUAGAGGUGGUGGGGACCAGGGCUAUGGAAGUGGCAGGUAUGACAGCCGACCUGGAGGAUAUGGAUAUGGAAGGUCCAGAGACUAUGGCAGCAGAAGCCAGGGUGGUUAUGACCGCUACUCAGGAGGAAAUUACAGGGAUAAUUAUGACAGCUAAGAUGAGGCAUGCACACCUCAUGUAGAUACACAAGGAAUAAAACUUCUUCUGAUCCAGGACCAUCCCUCCAAAUGGCUGUAUUUAUAAAGAUUUUUGGAGCUGCACUGAAACAUCUGUUUUAGUUACAUCAACUUCUUUUUCUGAGUAGAGCUCCCAAGGUAGCUUGUUAAAGACCUUUCAGA